AUGCUUCUUGAUGGGCCAGCAGUGGAUACCUUAACUGUGGACGGAGUGGCUAGGUUGUAGAGGCAUCACAUUUGCGUUUUCAGCGGCUCUUGCUACAUUUCUCCGGUAUAUUAACAUUGUAGAUUUUAUUUAGUAAACGGAGGAGCUCUGAAAGCCACCAGAGUCAAAAUCAGCGGUACUGUCGCACAUUUGGGAAGGUUCACCAUCCGCUGUAUGUGCGACGCUUGAGAGACUGCAGGAACCAACUGCACCUUUUCUCCAGAAACUUCAUUUGCUUGUGCCAAUGAACCGAAAUACCCGAAUGCCUUCACGCUUAGUUUUUAAAAGUAGGUGGUUUUAUUUUUUUUAACCACUAACGUGUAGCGAUGAAAAAGACAUUUUUAUGCGCACAGUAAAGGUGUAAUUACCCAACACUUGCAAACAUGGCUGCUGUGUGAACAGCAGACAGAAAAGUUUAACACUGACGUGGGAGAAGUUUAGAGCAUUCAUGUGCAGCUGUCCGCUCAGUAAAAUGCUAGGCUUUCGUCCCUAGUUUGGUACCGCCGUCUCUGGACCUCCGAACCGGCGAACGGACUGUGUCGGAGCCGCCUCCUCCUUCGUAGGCUUCAGAGAGUCACCGCAGUGGACUUUGUUGGGAAGCUGUGGUGCCUUGAUUGCCACCCCAGCCUCCAGUGGAGGCGUUUAAGGACUUAUCUACUGACUGCAGGGUGUGUUUGAAGCUAAAAUGCAUUUUUCCAUACCCGAAACGGAGGUUCGUUCGAGUGAGAAUGGUUCAAGCUACGUGGCCUACAACAUCCACGUCAACGGCGUGCUGCACUGUCGGGUACGCUACAGCCAACUCCUCGGCCUCCAUGAACAGAUAAAAAAGGAAUAUGGCAGCAAUGUGGUACCUACCUUCCCCCCAAAGAAGAUCUUCACUCUGACCCCUGCUGAGGUGGAGCAGAGGCGAGAGCAGCUAGAGAAAUAUAUGCAGGCUGUUCGACAACAUCCUUUGCUGGGAGCCAGUGAGCUUUUUAACAGCUUCUUGAGGAAAGCGCAGCAGGAGACGCAGCAGAUUCCCACAGAAGAUGCGGCUCUAGACAUCUGCCUGUCUAACGGUCAGAAGGUUACGGUCAACAUCCUGACUUCAGAUCAGACAGAGGACGUUCUCGAUGCUGCUGCAGUAAAGCUCGACCUUCCAGAUGACCUCGUGGGAUAUUUUAGUCUCUUCUUGGUCCGAGAAGGGGUGGAUGGAAACUUAACAUUUAUCCGGAAGCUUCAGGACUUUGAGUUGCCUUAUGUAUCGAUUACCAGCCUGCAGAGCUCCGAUUAUCACAUAAUCUUACGGAAGAGCUACUGGGAUAUGGCGUAUGAUGGUGAUGUAAUGGACAACAGAGUUGGAUUAAAUUUGCUUUACGCCCAGACAUUGUCUGACGUCGAACGAGGCUGGAUUCUCGUCAACAAAGACCAGCACAGGCAGCUAAAAUCACUGCAAGAGAAAGGCUCCAAGAAGGAAUUCAUCCACCUUGGCCAGACCCUGAAAUAUUACGGCUACUUAAAGUUUGACCCAUGCAUCACAGACUUUCCUGAGAAGGGCUGCCAAGUCAUUGUCAGCGCCGGCAACAAUGAGCUCAAUUUCCACGUCAAGCUGCCCAAUGAGCAGAUGAAGGAGGGAAGCUUCAAGGUCACGCGCAUGAGGUGCUGGCGAGUCACGUCGUCUCAAGUCCCUAUAUCAAAUGGUACGACUAAUCCCUGCAACUCGACAAAAUGUGAGGCGAAGCUGGAGCUCGCCUUUGAGUAUCUAAUGAGCAAGGAUCGCCUCCAGUGGGUCACCAUCACCAGCCAGCAGGCAAUCAUGAUGAGCACUUGCCUUCAGUCAAUGGUGGAUGAGUUGAUGGUGAAAAAGUCAGGUGGCAGUAUAAAGAAGAUGCUGAGAAGGCGGAACAAUGGCUCCAUCCAUCGGUCUGACAGUCAGCAAGCUGUGAAAUCUCCCCCUCUACUGGACUCCCCUGAUCCGAGCCGAGAACAAAUUGUCAAGCUGUCAACCAAGCUGAAUUCGGUGUCUCUCAGAGGGAUCAGCGCAUCCAACUCUGCAAAUGAUAUCAGUGGCGACGACUUUCACGGCAACUACGCCUUCGAGGGAAUUGGCGACGAUGACCUGUAACGCGCAAAUUGCCCUGCUUCCAUUCUUCACUUCACCAAUAAUGACUAAAGCAACAAAGAUCACGAGCUGAACUGAGCCGAGCGAUCCACACGAGGCAUCCACGUCUGCAAGAUUGUAGCUUUUUCCCAGAGAACUUGCUGCCUUAAAGCUCCCAUUUACUCUUUUAGACUCUAAAGGCUCGCCCCAGUUAGUUUUGUUAUAAUCAUUCCAUUAAGACUUUUUAAGUCAUAUUGAUUUUUACACCUUUGAAGUGGCUACAUGUUCCAUCUCCAACCAGAGCCAAAUGUUUGUUUGUUUGUGUAAUGUGCAGACCUGCCACUAGUGAUUAUAUCCCAGAACUGGGGGGAAAAAAUAAAUAGUGCUUGCAGUGAUCCAGCAAAUAUCUCACAACUACAGAAAAUCUAGACCAGCUAGUUCGCCAUAUAGAUCAGUGUUUGGCUUUUCAAACCAUGCUUCUAAAAUGUUUCCUGCUACUCUUGUGCCAAGUUAGAAAAAAAAAAAGUUCAUUUAGAAGAGGUGUCACUUCUCCUGCCUUCAGAAGCAGUUCGAUGCCUUAACUUGUCACUCACCGUAGGUUGAGAGCAAACGUUUCAAACUAGAGUCUUCGAGAACUUGAUGGCAGGUUAAUCGAAUUGGUGGAGCUGCUUGCAUUUGCCAAGCCCAUCAUUUUGCACAGUAUUAAAAAUAGUUGAGCCGAGGCUCAAGCGUGACAGUAAAAACAAGAAAAUCCAUUUUCUUUUUCUUUUUAAGGUUUUUUUAAGGUUUCUCAUUAAUGCCAAAUUAUAGUUUACUAAAGCAUUUUGCACAAAAAUAAAAAAACAAAUUAUGAUAUUGUCACUUUUUAUAUUCUGUACUUGCAAGUAAGCAUUCUGAAUAUAUACUAAUAUCUGUAUCAUUGCUUAUUGUAAUCAAAUAGCUUAAAUAUAACCUAAGCUGUAUGAAACAAAGUCUACAUGGACCAACAUUGAUCAUGUUUACAUGAUGUUUGGGGGAAGUCUUGGUUUAAAUGAAGUGUUUACAAAUUUAUCGUGAUUUUUCUGUCUUGUUCUGUUCUGACAAAUGAUCCUGAGGGGAAUGUUCUUUGAAUUAUUGUGAUUUGUUGGUUGUUUCAAUCAUGUUGAAUGUUUUAAUUAAAAAGAAUGGUGCUUCGAAGUGGCUAAUAUGUAAUCAAAGUUGCUGUAAUGAACAAAGUUUCUAUAGAGUAGGCAACAGAUUGAACAUAUCUGACUGUUUAAAAAAAAAACACAAAACAACAAGGUAUCAAGUCGCCGCUGUUGUCUCAGUGAGUUGAGGCCAUUAAAUGUAAAUCAGUGCCAACGGAUCAACAGCUUUAUUCUUACUGGUAACUGGAAUGACAAAUGAUGUAAAUGUUUUCAUCCUUUGGCUGCUUUGAUUCUUUUUACUCCCUUUGCUUUUUAUACAUAGGUCAAUAUCAACAACAAAGGUCAUUUUUAAAUUUUCUUCUUUUCCCGUCACUUCAAAGUUCACAGCGCUGCAAGGUCCUGAUUGUUGGUAAAUGUGUACGUGCCAAAUCUUGAAGUGUUUUCUUUUGUUUCAUCAGCGUAAUUUCAACAUAAAUGUCAAAAUUCAUGAAUAAUCAUCAGAUGCUAAAAUAAACUCAAAAGAUUCGC